UAGUACUUCAGAAACCACUACUCAAGUUCCAAAUACAACAGAAUACUUAACUACCUCUCAAGAGACCACCAUGUUUGAAUCUGCCACAUCUGAAACAGCCACCUCUACCCCAGAAAGCACAGUGUCUUCCACGGCAUCAGCAGGGAGCAGCAUAAGUUCUACUCUUUCAGAAAGCAUCACACCAACUCCCGAGAAUACAGUGUCCUCCACAUCUUUGCCAGCGAGCUCCAUAAUUACUAGUGGUACUUCAGAAACCACUACUCAACUUCCAGUGACUACUGAACAUUUAACUACGUCUCCAGAAAUCACCACCUUUGAAUCCACAACAGCAGUGACAGUCCCUUCUCCCCCGGAGAGCACAGAGCCCUCCUCCUCUUUGCCAGCAAGCGCCAUAAUUACUACCAGUACUUCAGAAACCACUACUCAACUCCCAAUGAAUACAGAAUACUCAACUACUUCUCCAGAAACCACCACGUUUCUAUCCCCAACAGCAGCGACCACCAUUCCUCCCUCAGAGAGUACAGAGCCCGCCACCUCUUUCCCAAUGAGCUCCAUAAUUACUACUAGUACUUCCCAAACCACAACUCAACUUCCAAUUACAAGAGAAUACUCAAUUACUUCUUCAGAGUCUACCACGUUUAAAUCUGCCACAUCUGAAACAGCCACUUCUCCCCCAGAGAAGAGUACAGUAUCCUCCACAUCUUUGCUAGCGAGCGCCAUAAUUACUAGUAGUACUUCAGAAACCACUACUCAAGUUCCAAAUACAACAGAAUACUUAACUACUUCUCAAGAGCCCACCAUGUUUGAAUCUGCCACAUCUGAAACAGCCACUUCUCCCACAGAGAGCACAGAGCCUUCCACGGUGUCAGCAGGGAGCAGCAUAAGUUCUCCUCUUUCGGAAACCAUCACACCAACUCCUGAGAGAAACCACCUCGCUUCCUCCAAAGAGCAUAUUACAUACUUCAGCUUCAGAAAAGAGCAGCAUGAUGACUGCUACUCGUACUGA